GGAAUGAAGGAUGGCAGCACGCCGUGCAUUAAAAGCUGUUUUGGUGGAUCUCAGUGGCACACUUCACAUUGAAGAUACAGCUGUGCCAGGCGCACAGGAAGCUCUUCAAAGGCAAGGUGCUACUUCUGUAAUGGUUAGGUUUGUGACCAAUACAACCAAAGAGAGCAAGAAAGACCUCUUGCAAAGAUUGAAGAAAUUGCAGUUUGAUAUCUCUGAAGAUGAAAUAUUCACUUCUCUGACUGCAGCCAGAAACUUGGUAGAGCAGAAACAAGUCCGACCCAUGCUGCUGGUUGAUGAUCGGGCCCUACCUGAUUUUAAAGGAAUACAAACAAGUGAUCCUAAUGCUGUGGUCAUAGGAUUGGCACCAGACCAUUUUCAUUAUCAAACUCUGAAUCAAGCAUUCCGGUUGCUCCUGGAUGGGGCACCUCUGAUAGCAAUCCACAAAGCCAGGUAUUACAAGAGGCAAGAUGGCUUAGCCCUGGGGCCCGGACCAUUUGUGACUGCUUUAGAGCAUGCCACAGAUACCAAAGCCACAGUCGUGGGGAAACCAGAGAAAACGUUCUUUUUGGAGGCAUUGCGGAGCACUGGCUGUGAACCUGAGGAGGCCAUCAUGAUUGGAGAUGAUUGCAGGGAUGAUGUUGGUGGGGCUCAGAAUGUCGGCAUGCUGGGCAUCUUAGUCAAAACUGGGAAAUACCGAGCAGCAGACGAAGAAAAAAUUAAUCCACCUCCUUACUUAACUUGUGACAGCUUCCCUCAUGCCGUGGACCACAUUCUGCAGCAUCUACUGUGAACCAUUAUGUGAAUCAGAAGCAACUUGAAACACAGCUUUUCAUUGUCUGGAAAGAAUCCCUCAACAACUUAAUGCCAGUGCCACUUAAUGACAGAGACCACUCAGCCCUGGUCACCAUUUAACCCUCUUUUGUUGGGCAGUAAUUAGAAAGAAAGGUAUUGAAUUGCAGCCAGACACCAAGCCUGGCUAAUCCCUUUUGUUUUUUUUCCGUAAAAGAAGAUGAGAUCCAAAGAAAGGGAAAGCUGAGAUUUUGUGCCAUUCCUUUUAAAAUAUUCAUCAGGUUAGCGGCGCUGGGGAAGAGUCUCCUGCAGGGAGCCUGUUCUCUGCUGUCUCCUCGCUGGUAAAUUGGAGGGGUUCAGACUCUGAAUAAAGUUGAAUGGUGUUUUUUAAGUUAUAAAGUAUUGCAUUGAAGAGUGCAUUAGGCUGUAGUUUUAAUAUUGAGUUCAACUGUGAAAUCCAUCAGAAGUGCCAAGUAGGGUACAGGACAGAAGCAGCAGAAUAAAGUGUCCUUUAGCCCAAGUGAAGGAGUGAAUUUGCUUUAACAGAUGUUGAAAACUAGAUUAGCUACUGUAUUAUUCCCAGCACGGGUGACUUCUUUUUCUCUUCGUUAGCCAGAGAUGAGUAAUUUAAAUUUAGAACCUGGUUUUAAUUUAAAAUAAUAUUUCCAUUAAUAACCUAUUCAUUGCAGAUACCUAUUAUACUGUGUAACAGUUGUUUUGGAAAUUUUAUGUAAAAUUAAAACUAUCAGUAUUUUACAGAUGUUUUAAUUAGACAUUGUUAUUAACAGGAACAGUGCAGAAACUAAAAUCAAGCCUUUAAUGUCUUAUAGACCAUGCAUUUUUGAGGCUAGUGUCCACCCGGGUCCUAUUAACUGUACAUUUGCAAGAUUUCAUUAUUUUUGCCUCUGACACUACGGGAAAAAUCUUUCAGAAGCUAUUGGGACAGAUUCAAGCUUUUAUGUACUUGGUUACUAGGGCUGUAAAAUGAAAUCUCGUCUUGCAGCAUGGAUUCUGCUUCUCAUGUUAAACCCACCAAAAUGAAGGGGACUAAAUAGGUAAUGAUUUUCUUAGUGCAUUUGCAUACUGUGAUGAUCCUGGGCCUUUGCAAUUGUUUUACUGGGCUCUUGGGCACUGGAUUAUUAGCUUGUAAUUGUCCAUUAUCGUGGUGCUCACCUUACUGAAGCGCACAGCAGUGUUAAUGAGCUCUGGGUUUUGAUGCUUGUUUAGAGAUCAGCUUGGUCUUGGAUGGGAGGGAGUAAAGCUAAAUAAAUGGCCGCUUCCUCUCCUUCUG